CCGGGUGGCGCAGGCGCAGUGCCCCCGGCCCAAGAUGGCGGCGUGGUGCUCUACACGCUGGUUGCUUGUAGCCGUCGGGUCCCUGCGGCUGCCGGCUGCAGCGGGGAGAGGAGCCCGGCCGCCCGUGGGGGGCGUGGUGGGGGCAUCGCUGGGCCGCGGUCUGAGCGUCACCGCCUUCGCGCCUUCCCUGCGAGCUCGCGGUUCCGGGGCGCUGCUGACAUUGAGACCCGGUGUCAGCCUUACAGGAGUGAAAUGUUACCCUUUUGUUUGCACUGCCUCCUUCCACACGAGCGCCCCUUUGGCCAAAGAGGAUUAUUACCAGAUAUUAGGAGUGCCCCGAAGUGCCAGCCAGAAGGAGAUCAAGAAAGCCUAUUAUCAGCUUGCCAAGAAGUAUCACCCAGACACGAAUAAGGAUGAUCCCAAAGCCAAGGAGAAGUUCUCCCAGCUGGCAGAGGCCUAUGAGGUUCUGAGUGAUGAGGUGAAGAGGAAGCAGUAUGACACCUACGGCUCCGCUGGCUUCGAUCCUGGGGCUGGCAGCUCCGGGCAGAGCUACUGGAAAGGAGGCCCCACUGUCGACCCAGAGGAGCUCUUCAGGAAGAUUUUUGGGGAGUUCUCAUCCUCUUCUUUUGGAGAUUUCCAGGGGGUAUUCAAUCAGCCUCAGGAGUACAUCAUGGAGUUGACAUUCAAUCAGGCUGCCAAGGGCGUCAACAAGGAGUUCACGGUGAACAUCAUGGAUACCUGUGAGCGGUGUGACGGCAAGGGGAGUGAGCCCGGCACCAAGGUGCAGCACUGCCACUACUGCGGCGGCUCAGGCAUGGAAACCAUAAAUACAGGCCCUUUUGUGAUGCGCUCCACCUGUCGGAGGUGUGGUGGCCGGGGCUCCAUCAUCACGACUCCCUGCGUGGUGUGCAGAGGAGCAGGACAAGCCAAGCAGAAGAAGAAAGUGAUGAUCCCCGUGCCUGCCGGAGUCGAGGAUGGCCAGACUGUGAGGAUGCCUGUAGGAAAAAAAGAAAUUUUCAUUACGUUCAGGGUGCAGAAAAGCCCUGUGUUCCGGAGGGACGGUGCAGACAUCCACUCCGACCUCUUCAUUUCCAUAGCCCAGGCUAUUCUUGGGGGCACGGCCAGGGCGCAGGGCCUAUACGAGACCAUCAACGUGACGAUCCCCCCUGGGAUUCAAACAGACCAGAAGAUUCGGAUGAGUGGGAAGGGCAUCCCCCGGAUUAACAGCUACGGCUACGGAGAUCACUACAUUCACAUCAAGAUAAGGGUCCCGAAGAGACUGACAAGCCGGCAGCAGAGCCUGAUCCUGAGCUACGCAGAAGAUGAGACUGACGUGGAGGGGACAGUGAAUGGCGUCACCAGCACAAGCACUGGUGGCAGCACCAUGGAUAGCUCCGCAGGAGGCAAGGCUAGGCCUGAGGCUGGGGAGGACAAGGAGGGAUUCCUUUCCAAACUUAAGAAAAUGUUUACCUCUUGAUAUCCCAGCCGAGGAAAACGGUCCACUGGAAACUAGGCUGGGAGCAACAGUCCCUCCUUGUGGUCAGGGCACCUAGGACACAGGAGGAUCCUACACAGCAGCACCGAGCCCCGCCUGCAGAGGCCCUCUGGACCACCUUGGCAACAGCAAAAUCAUGUAACAACUCACCUCUCCGUGGAACAGUCACAGUGGACAACCCCUGGGCAGUAAGGCAUGGCAUGCCUAAGGGCUGGUAGUUUCCUGUCCACAAGUAGGUACUUGGCUCCUUCUGGCACAGGGAGAGUCAUGGCUGGACACUUCUUGCAGAGCUAAAACUGAUUUGGAAUCGAAUGUGGUGGAGAUCUUAGUUAAAGAAUUAAAGGCCAUGCUUACAGCUUAAAAAUGAAGCCUUAAGUUGCACCAAGUUGUGAAGUGAUUAAUUUCCCUCUCAGCAAACCUCUGGGAGGUUCCAAAAUGAGUCUUUACUGUAAGGCUGUCUUUUUCAGGAACCUGGGACAUGCACACCCCACCAGUGUCGUCUGUCCCUCAGCAGGGGCAUCCCCUACUCUUCUUGGAAUUUGUUUUAAUUCCCAAAGGUACCAAGCAGCUGGAACAUGGGAGCCUUGGGACCCCAGGGUGACACAUGUAAAGAGGGUCCCUGGAGACGUCACUCUUGAGCACAUGAGCCGUGAUCUCUGUCUGGACGGACAGUCCUUCCUCCCACCCGACGUGGAGCGGCCUCUUGUCCUUCGACUGUUGAGUUCUGUUGUUCUAAGCCAGGUGUGAGUGGAGCUCCGGCCCUUCUGCUGGACCACAGCCAGCGUGUCCUGGGGCUGACUAAUGGCCUCCCCCUGCUCCGCUGCCUACCAGGGGCUUGGUUCUCACCACUCACACUGCUGACCUCUGUUUGCAGAAGUGUGUUUAAAUUAUUCAGUGCUAAGAAUCAUCGUCUUUUCCUGUAUAAAUGUUUGUUCAAAAGAAAGCGCAGUCUCAGCAGUUGGAGGUUCUCCACCAUCCAGCCAGAGCAAAGCCGUGUCCCCAGCCUUGGCUUGGAGGCUGUGCGGGUUCCGUUGUGUUUCCAGAUCCUCCCGCUGUGGUAAGACAGGAUAAUGGAGAACACUUCUGGUUAGUUUCUUUUUUGUUUUCUUUAAUAAUUUACUAAAAUAAAGCAUCUACUAGUGUCUGAUCUAAGAAUGUAAAAUGAUUCUGUAUCAAUGUAAAUAAGAUUAUCUACCGCAAAAAGAUAUUUAAAACCUAAAUUGUGGUCAUUUCUUCUUCGGAAUGGUUCACACAGCUUUGUGCAGGUGGUCUAGCAGCGGGUUACUGGUGUUCGCCCACUGAUCAGGCUGCCCCACGUUGCUCCUGGCCUUCCUGGGGCCAGCUGGAGGUGGCUGGCCUCGUCCUCGGCGUCACGCCCAUCCAGCACACAGGCAUGCUGAGGGGUAUCCUGCAGGCUCUGACAGGCGCUGACCCUCUCCAGUGCAGAUCCCAGAGCUGGGAGCUUGCCCUGACACUACGUGCUGAUCUGAACCAAUGUUCCAGGGUUCAGCAUGUAGCCUUUUCUUUGGGAGCCCAAGCCGAGAGAGACAUGCGGUGUGGCCUUUAGGUCCCUAUACAUCACUGUCUUCCUCAGUAGAUUUUUUUUUUCCCUUCAUUAUUUUCAGAGGAAUGUUAAGGUAUUUUUGUGUUAAAGUUUUAGUCCGGGCUCCCAGCAGAGACUGUGUCCCUAAAGCCCCGAUUCUGCCAUGGCUGGAGUGGGCCUUGGGCACAGAGCUCCACCCACCCCAGGGCUCUAGGCUGAGCAGGUUGAGGUGUGAGGGCACUUGUUGGGUUGGGUAAAGAGCUUGGGAAAGACCUGAUGGGCAAGAAGGGGGCUCAGUCACUUCCUCCCAAUUUCCAUACUUUUCCUUCAUUGAACAGAAGCUUAUUGAGCACCUGCUGCGGACUCACCCAGCGUGAUCCUAGACCCUGGGCUAUGGCUGUGGGAAGCUAGAUGGUGUCUCUCGUGAAAGCCUGAGUUUUCUUACUGGAGAAGUCAACUGAAGUCCCACUCAUGGCCUGUUUCUUGAAAGCAGACGUCUAGAGGAGGACUUUCAAAGAGAAAAAUAGAUUUUCUUUCUAGCCAGACACCUUCGUUGCUGUACCGGGGUGUCGUUCCCUCGGAUGGUCAGAAGGUGGCAGCACAACAUCUGUAGAAUCCACAUUCCACAUGAGGCCAGGAUUGGAUUUGGUUUAUUUCCACAGCUGGCUCUGAGGCAUUUGUCCCCAGACAACUUUGCAGCCUCUGAGUUGGGGCCGGAGCAUGAGAUGAAGCAUUUACAAAUACAGAGAACUAUCUCUCCCUGAGCCUUUGGGGACUGAGAGGAGGGGGAAAGGUAGAUGGUGUUCAGCAUUUGCUGAAAUGUCAGGAGGGUAGACAAGACAGUCAUACGCGGAUGAGGCAGACAUGCGUAGGACCACAGCUCCAUCCCCACCUGCAGGCUCUGACUUGUUUCUGACCUGAUCCAUUCUCCCCAUCCCACUCCCUCUCCUCCUCAGGCCUUUGGGUUCUAGUGGACUGGAGCUUCCUUCCCUGUCAUGAAAACCCCUCUCGAAGUAUCCUCUCCAGUCCCCCAGCAUCCAGGGACUGCCCCACCCUUUGCUUUGUUCUGCAACACUGGAGCCUGGCUGUGAAAAUGAAUGUUAUGAGCAGUCAUGACUAUUGCAGAAGGCAUGUUUACAUUCUGUUAAUAAACACCAUGAAACCUG